AUGAAGGACGACCUCAUCCUCCUGGAGGAGGCCCAGCUCACGCACGGCGGCCUCUCAAAGGAGCUGUCGGCGCGCUACAAGCGGGACGAGAUGUACACGGCCAUCGGCGAGGUCCUGAUCGCCGUGAACCCCUACCGCGUGCUCGAGCGGGGCGGCAAGUCCAUCUACGGCGAGGACGUGGCCCUGCACUACCAGGAGGCCAUCCUGCACCUGCAGAAGCCGCACAUCUUCGGCGUCGGCGCCGCGGCCUACAACGCCCUGGUCAGGGACGGCGAGGACCAGUGCGUGCUCGUGACGGGCGAGUCCGGCGCGGGGAAGACGGAGGCGGCGAAGCAGCUCAUGAACUUCGUGACGGUAGCGGCCAAAAAGCACUCGGCCGCGGACGUCAAGGACAAGCUCCUCAUGAGCAACCCCGUCCUCGAGGCCCUGGGCAACGCGAAGACCGUGCGCAACGACAACUCGAGCCGCUUCGGCAAGUACAUGGAGCUCCAGUUCGACUUCCGGGGCGCCGUCGCGGGCGGGAAGAUCUCGAACUAUUUGCUCGAGAAGUCGCGCGUCGCGGCGCAGGCCGACGGCGAGCGCAACUUCCACAUCGUCCACCAGCUCCUCGCCGGCGCGUCCAAGGCCGAGCGCGCCACCUACCGGCUCCUCGAGGGCGGGCCGGCGGCCUACGCGUGCGUCAUGCGCGAGGCGCGGACGGCGUCGGGCGUCGACGACGCCGCGGCCUUCGACGAGCUCAAGACGUCCGUCGACGGCGUCGGCGUCGCCUUCAACGACGCGGCCCAGUUCUUCAAGGUGCUCGGCGCCGUCGUCAAUCUGGGCAACGUCGCCUUCGAGGACCGCGGCGCGGACGCGCCCGCGGGCAUCGCCGCGGACGACGCGGGCCUCGCGGCCGCGGCCGCGCUCCUCGACGUCGACGGCGCCCUGCUGGCGACGGCGCUCACGUCCCACAAGCUCGCGAAGAUGGGCUCGCGGGCGUCGACCUUCGCCGUGCCCCUCGACGGCGCCGCGGCGUCCGACAACCGCCACACGCUGGCCAAGGAGCUCUACCGGCGCCUCUUCGACUGGGUCGUGCGCCACCUCAACGGCACGAUCAACUACGUCGGCGACCACAAGACCUUGGGCAUCCUGGACAUCUACGGCUUCGAGAUCCUGGCGACGAACGACCUCGAGCAGUUCUUCAUCAACUACACGAACGAGAUGCUCCAGCAGUUCUUCAUCGAAUUGACGAUCAAGGAGGAGCAGGCGGAGUACGACAAGGAGGGCAUCCCCUGGGAGCACAUCGAGUACUUCGACAACGCGCCCGUCGUCGCGCUCGUCGAGGCGAAGCAGGGCUCCGUGCUCGCGCUCCUCGACGAGCAGUGCGCCUACAAGGAGGGGUCGCCGGACCGCCUCGUGUCGAACCUGGAGCGGUCCUGCGCCCCCCACGCCCACUUCGUCCCCAAGGAGCGACUGCGGGCGGGCAAGACGGUCUUCGGCGUGAAGCACUACGCGGGCGACGUCGCCUACGACUGCCGGAACUUCAUCGACAAGAAUCGCGACACGCUCUACCAGGACCUCGUCGACGUCGUCCUCGAGGCGGGCAACGGCGUCGCCAAGACCCUGUUCCUGGACCGCCGGGCGACGCCCGGCGACAAGGGCCAGCGCGCGCCGCCGACGAUCUCGAAGCAGUACAAGACGCAGAUCCACGGGUUGCUCGACGCGCUGGGACUCUGCCGGCCGCACUACGUCCGCGCGGUGAAGCCCAACGAGGUCAAGAAGCCGCGGGUUGUCGACGACGCGCGCGUCGAGCACCAGGUCCAGUACCUCGGGCUCCUGGAGAACGUCCGCGUGCGCCGCGCGGGCUACUGCUUUCGAGACACGUUCGAGAACUUCCACCGGCGCUACCUGCUCGUGGCCGAGGCGACGUGGAACCGGCGGGGCGUCGAUUUGAGCCCCGCGGACCGCUGCCGGGCGAUCCUCGCCGGCGGCAAACCGGCGACCAUCGCCCACUUCGACCUCGGGCUGCCGGCGUUCGCGUACCAAGAAAACGUCGACUUCCGCGUCGGCGCGACCAAGGUCUUCGUCAAGGACCCCACGUGCCUCUUCGCGUUGGAGACGGCGCGCACGCAGGCGCUCCCCGCCGUCGUCGCCUGGGUCCAGAAGGAGGUGCGCCGCAAGCGCCAGCGGACGAUCUUUUUGGCGACCGUCGCGAAGGUCACGACCCUUCAGACGCGCGCGCGGACCUACAACGCCGUCGCCCUGCGCCGCCGGGCGAUCCGCGCGGCGGUGCUGGCCACGGCGGCGGCGCGGCGCGCGAUCGCGCGCAAGAACUUCGACCAGACGUUCCGCGACUUCGGGAAGCCGCGGAUCCGCUGGUGCGUCCGCGCGCAGACGGUCGUCCGGCGCGCGCUCGCCGUCGCCCGGCUCUUUCGGUACGCGACACUGAAGACGACCGUCGCCAAGGAGUUUCGGGCGCGCGGCGGCGCGACCUACGCGGCGUCCCUGCGGCCGCGCGUCGUCGCGUUGGAGAAACACGUCCGGCGGCUCCUCGCGGUGCGGGCCUACGUCGAGAAGCGGACGGCGCUCGUCGCGAAGAUCCAGCCCCUCUUCCGCAAGUUCGGCGCCUACCAGAAGGCGCUCAGGACGAGCGACGCCGAGUUCGCCGAGGUGUGCGGGAAGUUGGGCGCGGCGCCCUAUUACGAGAUCGAGAAGUUCAGCCACAACCACCUGAACCCCGUCGGCGAGGCCAUCAAGUGCAAGACCGUGCACCUGCGCUACGCCGACGGCGCGCUCUCCUGGACCGACGGCGGCGUCUUCAGCAAGCAGGGCUUCAAGGUCGGCGCCGUCGUCGGCAUCACGGGCCAGGAUCGCGCGGCGCUCCUCGACGACGCGAAGCAGCUCGCGUACCACAACGGCGCCUUCGUGAGCAAGGAGAAGCUCGCCUUUUCCGCGUCGAGCCCCAAGUCCGUGGCCAAGAACGACGCCUUCGGCUUCUCGUUCCGCGAGGGCUGCACGCUCGGCGUUGACUACGACAGCGGCAAGAAGGACAAGGACGGCGCGCUCGUCCCGUCCUGCCUCGCGCUCCAGUGCGCGACGCGCCUCGAGCGCGUGCGCCUCGCGCGGUCCCUCAAGAAGAUCUGCGACGACGCGGGCGUCGCGGGCGUCGGCGGCGACGUCGCGUCCCUCCGGAAGCGCCGCGGCCUCUGGGGCCAGCCCCGGGAGCCCAAGGGGCCCGCCUCGGCCUGGAAGCGCAAGGCGCCGGGCGCCGGCGCGCCCUGGCCCAAGUCCAAGGCCGCCCUCGACCGCAAGUAGGGAGUAAACGAAGCUCGUUG